AUGGUCGGCAUGGAUCUGGCGCCCCAAGACGUUGUCGCGGAGGUCCUCCGCCGCCUCGCGCCGCGCAGCCUGGCCGCGUGCCGCUGUGUGUGCAAGGGGUGGCGCGCCGUCGUCGACGCCAACCGCCUGCUCCGCGCGGAUCUGCUCCCGCUCACGCUCGAUGGCAUCUUCUACGAGACCUGUCCCUAUAACGAACCCAUGCUUUUCUCCAGCCCCGCAACGGGCCGCAGGGUCACCGGUAAGCUCGACUACCUGGACUGGCCGCUGGACGACGUUUUCCCGAUCAUGGAUUGCUGCAGUGGCCUUCUCCUGAUGUGCUAUCACGUGGUCAACCCCGCCACACGGCAGUGGGUGCGUCUGCCCCCUCUGCCGCCCUCGUGCACGGCCGCAGGCUGCACACGUUGCAGCAGCCAGAAUCGCUACCUCGUGUACGAUCCGGCCCUGUCGCCGCACUACGAGGUGUUCUUGAUCCCUAACAUUCCCUUCACGCUUCCGACGGGGCAUAUCUGUAUGCACAUUUGUCGUGAUGAUGAGUCGGUGUCUGCGAUGGAAUGGCCACCCUCGCCUUACAUCGUGCACGUCUUCUCCUCAAAGACCGGUUGCUGGAAGGAAAGAUCGCUUCUCCGGGAAGGGGAGGCCGCAGGAACGGUUGCCGAUGUGAAAGCGGUUUAUGAUACUGUAUCAUUUUUCCUCUACGCCGCCUAUUGGAAGGACGCGCUCUAUAUUCGUUGCGAAGAGGAAUUUCUUCUGAGAAUAAACUUGUUGCAUGAUACCUAUCGAGUGAUCAAGUUUCCAGAUGGAAAUAAAGGAUAUACUGUGCCUCGCAUAGGAAAAUCAGAGAAGGGGGUGUAUUGUGCAUUCCGCGUCGACCGCAACACAUUUCAGAUUUAG